AUGGACCCGUUUCAGACGGUUGCGAAAGAGAUGAAGUUUCUGACGAAGAACAUACGGCAGUUGCUUGGUUCAGGGCAUCCGACGCUAGAUACGGUUUCGAAGUACUACACGCAGAGCGAAGGGAAAUAUGUGCGGCCGAUGCUAGUGCUGCUCAUGAGCAGAGCAACGGCCCUUACGCCGAAGAUACCAAGGGACAGGAGUCCAUAUUCAGUCAAUCGACCUAUAACAUCACCCAGCAUACUUUCAGACGAGAACCCCUCCGCGCCAGAUGCAGAGUAUCCCAGCAUAUCUUCGACGAUCCACGACACCUCUUACCGAAACGAAGACUCCGACAUCCUUCCAUCCCAGCGAAGAUUAGCUGAGAUUACCGAGCUGAUACAUACGGCGUCGCUCCUUCAUGACGAUGUAAUAGACCACUCGAUAUCACGCCGCUCCGCGCCCUCUGCGAAUAUUGAAUUUGGCAACAAAAUGGCAGUUUUGGCAGGCGACUUCUUGCUCGGCCGUGCCUCCGUGGCGCUCGCUCGUUUACGAGACCCUGAAGUCACAGAGCUGCUCGCAACCGUUAUCGCCAACCUCGUCGAGGGUGAAUUCAUGCAGCUAAAGAACACCGCGUCGGACGAGCGCAACCCCGCUUGGACGGAGAAUACGCUGACGUACUACCUCCAAAAGACAUACCUGAAGUCGGCGUCAUUGAUCUCGAAAUCAUGCAGAGCGGCAGCGAUAUUAGGGCAGUGUACUCCGGAAGUGGUGGAGGCGGCAUAUAGCUAUGGCAAGAACCUAGGUCUUGCGUUUCAGCUGGUGGACGACAUGCUUGAUUACACUGUCAGCGGGGAAGAGCUAGGGAAGCCUGCGGGAGCGGACCUGGAGCUGGGACUGGCCACUGCACCGUUGUUGUUUGCAUGGAAGGACAACAAGAGCCUCGGAAAGCUGGUAGGGAGGAAGUUCUCUGGGGAUGGAGAUGUGCAGAGGGCACGCGAAAUCGUCUCCGAAAGCACGGGGCUUGAGCAAACGCGCGCUCUAGCACAAGAAUACGUCGACAAGGCUAUCCAAUCUAUUGCGUUCUUUCCCGAAAGCGAUGCGAAGAAAGGGCUCAUUGAAAUGUGCACCAAGGUCAUGAAGAGGCGGAAAUAG